AUGCAGAUAUCUUCUGGCGUGCCAUCCAGUACUUCAUCGGGGCAGGAUCGUCAUACUUUGCCCGUACCUUGGGGUGUCCUUCUUCAGUAUGAGUUCGAGAUGAGGAAGUGGGCUGUCAAGGAGGCACAUAAGAGAGGCGAGCCUUUGGGCGAUUUGCUACAUGAGGCCACUCGCAAUACAGAGUUGAAAGAACUCCACUUCACAUCUCAAGUGGCUCUGGCCAAGCGCUCCCCGCAUGACGAUCCACCUCCUCCUCCGAACAAGUGGCCUCGCAAGGGCGAGAAGGGCAACAAAGGCAGAGGCAAGGGCAAUGGCAAGAAUGGCACCAAAACCGAUGGGCAGAACAAGGUCGGGGAGAACUGGUAUGAUCUGGUCUCGAAGACUCCGGAUGGCCGGGAGCUCUGCUUUGCAUACAACAUUAAGCGUGGUUGCCAGGACUUCUGCGAUCUGGCACAGGUGGUUCUCGAGAUUUCGGAAGUAGACAUCUGCCGAGAUCCCAGCAUGGACCUCUUGGAUGAGACCACCGCGAAGCGGGUGUGCUUUGCCACUUUGGACGUGCGCGCCGAUUUCUUGCUCGAACACCCGGAGGACCUUGGACGACCAGAUCCG